AUGAAUUUCCUCAAGUCGGCAGUCGCCUCUGCCAUAGCUCAAGGGCCACCGUUCCCCUACAGCUUUGGCGACAGAGUUGACAUCGACGAGUCCAUCUGGACUCUCAACAAUGGCACCAAGCGAGAAGACGGAUCUAACUGCAGCAUUUUCUCCUUCGAUGUCACCGCGAACAAGUCUCGACUUCCCCUUGCUAAGAAUGCUUUGCGAAAGCUGAGAACGCUGCGCCACCCAGGCGUGAUCAAGGUGUUGGAUACGGUGGAGACCGAUUCGUAUAUUUACAUUGCGACCGAGCGCGUGGUGCCUCUACGAUGGCAUGUGAAGAGAAAGAGUUUGACACCCGAGACCAUAAAAUGGGGGUUGAGUAGCAUUGCGCGCACAGUCAAGUUCAUCAACGACGAAGCCUCAUCAAUACACGGCAAUGUCAGGGUCGGAUCCGUUUACACGUCUGAGAGCGGAGAGUGGAAAAUGAGCGGCUUCGAGGUUCUCAGCAACGUUAAGGAAGAUGAUGCUGUAAUUUACACGUACGGAAGUUUGGUCCCAGAUUCUGCAAGAUAUGCUCCACCAGAGCUUGCCCGCGGCGGCUGGGAUGCCAUCAAGAAGAACCCUCACUCAGCCAUUGACUCUUUCGGUUUCGGUUGCUUAAUUUUCGAAGUGUUCAACGGCGAUUUUAUGGGGUCCGACCAGGCCGGCCAGACGAAGAGCAUUCCCCCAACAAUGCAACAAAGCUUUAAACGCUUGGUGAACCCAAACCCGAAAGCGCGUGUCAGUGUUGGCCACUUUUUGGAGCAAGGCCAGCGUAGCGGGGCUUUCUUCGAUAGCCCUCUGAUCAAACUGACAGAGGGCAUCGAAAAUCUCGGCGUCAAGUCCGAGACCGAAAGAGAAGAGUUUCUUGAUGAUCUCGACCAACUGUCAAAUGAUUUCCCAGAAGACUUCUUUAAGAUGAAGGUCCUUCCAGAACUAAUAAAGUCGGUGGAAUUUGGCGGCGGUGGUCCCAAGGCGUUCAGCGUCGUCAUGAAAAUCGCCGCCAAGCUGUCUAAUGAGGACUUCGACGCCAAGAUCACACCCGUGGUUGUUCGUCUCUUCUCUAACCCAGAUAGAGCCAUCCGCGUUUGCCUUCUUGACAGCUUACCUCUCAUGAUCGAUCGUCUCUCGCAGAAGGUUGUCAACGACAAGAUUUUCCCACAGCUCGUGACCGGUUUCACCGAUGUUGCGCCAAUCGUCCGGGAACAGACCUUGAAAUCUGUUCUUGUCAUCAUCAACAAGCUUUCAGACCGGACAAUCAACGGCGACCUGCUCAAGUACCUUGCCAAAACGGCGAACGACGAACAGCCUGGCAUCCGUACAAACACGACCAUUUGUCUUGGAAAGAUCGCUAAGAACCUAGGCAAUUCAUCCAGAGGCAAGGUUCUGAUUGCUGCUUUCACGAGGUCUCUCAGGGACCCGUUCGUGCAUGCCCGGAACGCCGCUCUCAUGGCUCUCGGCGUUACUGGAGAAUACUUUACAGACGAAGACGUCGCCCUUAGGAUCAUGCCCGUUCUGUGCCCGUUGUUGAUCGACAAGGAAAAGCUCAUUCGCGACCAAACGAGCAAGACCAUGGAUGUGUACAUCCAGAAAAUCAAGAAAGCAGCCGCAGCCAUGCCAGAUAGUGCCCUGCCUCCCCAAGGUGCCGACGGCGCUGCUGCUCCCCGGAUGGGCACACCCCAGCCAAGCGGCGACUCAGCUGCCUCUUCCUGGACCGGUUGGGCCAUCUCCUCGUUCACCAACAAAUUGUCCUCUGCGGCAGGGGAGAUGCAGACUUCUGCUGGCACUGCAUCUCCUAAACCGUCUCCAUCGCCUGGUCCGGAAGCCAAGAGGCCAACCAUGUCUUCGGCAUCUGCCCUGCAUAGACAGGUAGUGAAGUCGCCCCCUCCCAUCUCGCGAACCCCAUCAACUAUUGUCGCCGACUCUUUCAACCCCGAGCCUGCAGACGAUGGUGAUGCUUGGGGAGACAUGGGUGAUGACACCUGGGGUGAGCCGGCGACUGAAAGUGCCAAGCCAGCAGCAAAGACGACCACCAGCGCGACGCCAUUUGACGAUGGCUCCGAGCCUGACUUUGCUGGAUGGCUCGCUGCUCAGUCGCAAAAGAAGGGUGGCUCAAGCAAGCCCUUGCCGAAGGGACUGUCCAAGUCGUCCGCUUCUGCCGCAAAGAAACCGCUGGCUACUAAACCAGCGGCUAAGCCCGUAGUAGCCAAGAAGAUAGAUCUGAAGCCCAAGGAAGAGGACGACGACGAUGGUUGGGGCGACGGAUGGUAG